UAUGGUCAUAUUUGCUGUUAUGGUAUCGGAAUCAAUUACGUAGCAGCCACCAUCAUCAUUUGACCACCAACUCAACUGCCAAUCAGCAACCAUGGUCGGUGCUAAUUACAUGGGUGGAAAAAGAAAUGCAGUACGUGCGAAGACAAAAGACGCGGCUGGCCGUGCACAAAAACGACACUUUGUAAAACAACGUCUAGCGAAUGCUCUAGGACACCGUAGUCCUGGGGAUCGUCGUAAUUCCGGUCCAUUGCGUUCAGCUUCUUUGUUGUCCGAGAUAUCUCUCGCCCACGCACCCCAUAACACUAGAAGGUCUCCACAUGUCCCCCUCAAUCAGUAUUAUACGUUAUCUUCUGAUAACGAGAAUGGCCGAAAACGACCAUCCAAAGUACUCUCUGCAUUGGAUACGUCGGAUCACAUGUCGAUCCGAGCUGCUAUCGAUCGGAUACUUCAACUACCAGAUCUAGUUGGUGCUCAAGCGGUUACUCACAAGGACACAGUGCCCUGCGGGGGCGCGAGAACGGCCAACGACAGUUCUGAUGAAUAUGGAACUAACGACCAAGAUUCUCCUUUUGAUACCGAGCAUUUACAGCGACCAGAAAACAAUAAUACAGACGAGGGGAUGGCUUCCCGGAAUUUCCGUGACAGUGGAUAUACCGAGAGAAGAAACUCGAAGGCACCUUUCUCUACUCAGGGCGCUCUCUGUGCCCAAAGUAAUCAGUUCUCGCCCCUUCCUCGGUCUUCUCCCUUCACCACCGAUUCUUCCUUUAUGGAUGUUGAUCGCGACAUGAUCUUGGAGUUCGAGUCUUCACCAAGGCCUCCCCCUAGUCCUAUAACCGAAUGGUCUAACGAGCAGUCCAUGAUGUUUGGCCACUACUUCCCGGCAACACAACACAUGCACCCAUCGAAGGAUUCGGGGCACCGGUCAGACUUGGGGCACUUUCAGCCCUUAUCUCGUAUUUCUACUAGCGGCGACAAGUUUUCUGGAAGUAAGAUCCACUCAAGUCCUGAGUUGUCGCUUUCCUUCCUUUCACAUCAGCCUACGUUCCGAGGACUGGAAUUUUCCGACAGCCCUGACCGGGUACGUUGUAUUCAUGAGACGCAGCCUGUAAAGGACAAUUCAGAUAUUGUCCCUAUGACUCACCUGCCGCUUGACUUCCUUUCCGAUCCGGAUCCCUGGGCAACUAUUGGAAGGAUUCUGCAAGUGGAACGUUUGAAGGUUACAUCUGACGUAACUUCAUCCAGUGAAUGUCCGAUCGACUUUACCAAAGGAAGGGAAGGCGUUGGUUACUCCGUGAAAACAGGGAGAGAUGUCACCAGCAGCAUGUUCACUGGUGCAGUUUCAGAUUCCUCACCGAAGGAAACGGCGGUCGGGUCUAAUCAGUACUUCGGAGAUAAUGAUUGUUCCCUCUCUAGGACUGCAUCGCGGUUUGGUUCAGUUCACAAGCCUCUUGAGGAUGCCUUGGCGCACGAUCUGAACACAUUCGAUGAUGACGUCAAGCUAUCCUCGCGGUUGCGAAGCUGGCCUCCCUAUCUGGAAAAAAAUGGGCCUACUGAAGGAGAUGGGGCACGAAUGAUGGGAGGUCACUUGCUGACUGAACUGGAAUGCCGGACAUCCGAUGCCUUUCCAGAGAAAAACGCAGCUAUGGUUUACGACGGACCAUGUUUAUUUGGUGAUUCUGACUCUGAAGACGAUUAACUUCACAUCAUUACUUGCUUAUAUGAAGUAUCGUUUGUAGUACAUGUACUGCGUGGCUGCAAUUGUUUGGCACCUCAGCCACGUGUCGC